AUGCAGCGGGUCGGUAGCGGUCUCCCCAGCAGGAGCCGGGUGGCAUCCCCCUGUCCCAGCGCAGCCCUCGCUGAACAGAACCAGGUGGCCACGCUACCGGUACGGCUGCUCAGGGACGAUUCGGCAGCUUCGCAGAACAACUUCCCCGUGGAGGAUGGCUUCCAGAUGAAGGUGGAUACCUACGGCUUCACUCCCGACGAGCUGCUGGUGCAAGUGGACGGCCAAUGUCUGAUGGUGACGGGCAAGCGGCAACUGGAGGGCUGCAGCCCGGACGGGGCCGGCUACCGCGUAGCGCACAGGCAGAUGCAACUACCACGGGACCUGGAUCCAGCCGCCAUGACCUGCAGCCUGACUCCCUCGGGCCAGCUGUGCGUCCGAGGCCAGUGCCGGGCGCUCCUCCCCGAGGCCCAAAUAGGGCCAUCCCUGAGACUCUGGGGCCGUGGCUCUAAUAAGGGUCAACCUAGCCUGACCCGAUAAACAACCCUGCUGUGCAGCA